AUAUGCUGUAAAAUAAAUAAGGCCAUGCUCAUAAAAAAUAUAAUCGUCCUCCCUCACCUUAGACGGCACCGACCGCCACCGCGUCACAUAUUGUUUCAGUUCUCCUUACACUCUAAAACUGAUGUGUCACAUCACAGAAGGCAGCAGCUGAAGAGCAGGGGUAGUGAGUGUUCUCACUUUAUUUCUGACAAUACUUCCUGUUUUUAACAUUUGCUACUCAGAUGCUCUGUACAAAUAGGGACAGCACAAUACCGUGGCUGCUUACCAGUCAGAGACAUCUGUAGCUAACUUGUAAACCUUGUAUUAGUGGACAGACUGAAGAAAACAUCAUCUAUUGUAAAAACAGAGUGGUUGUCAUGUUGGGAGAAGCCUUCAUCAGAGUCUUCAGGUACAGGAAAGAGGAUUGUGAUUCCACAAAGGCUCAGGAACGUCCACCACACCCUGCUCCCAAUAUCAUUCUGAACCAAGGUUCAAUGUUAGAAAACAUGGAAGGCCUGGUGCAGUCUGGUCCUAGAGCGACAACCAGGCCCAGUGAUGCCCUCACCAUCCCCAAUAGCCACAGUGACGACUAUGGUGACCUGGAGCUCUAUCGCUCCUGGUGCUGCACCACCUUCUGCAAAGACUACCCCGACCUGCAGCUCAGAGGAGACCAUGUGGGAAACAGGAGUUCAAUGAGCCUGCGGCUGGAGAGUGAGGUGUUCCAAGGGCCACUUCUUCAAUCUCAGGACCUGGGAGAGCUGGAGUCCUUGGAACCCACAGGGCCUGUGGGGCCUGGGGUACGGGUGGAGUCCCAGACCCUGCAGGAUGAGGGUAACCUGGUCAUAGACAGCAGCAUCAUCACCCUGAACAGGGAACCUCUGUCCAACUCCAUGCUGAACGGCUACCUGGAGAGUAAGCUGCUGGAGGUGUACAGACAGCAUAUGCAGGACAGCCUGGCGCGGGGCAGCUCUCCCCUGGUCCAGACCCCUCCCCAGGGCCUGGUACCAGAACCAGUGAAGCAGCUCAGCCAGUAUCUCUGUCAGGACCAUGGCCUAGACUCCAGUACGGCCCAGAGCAUCGUCAUCCACUACCUCAGCACCUGUACUGUGGCCAGCUCCAACUUCAGCUCUCCCGACCUGCGCAUCUCCAACCUACGCAUCCCCAACCCUGAACCCAGGAAGAAGCCCACCUGACUGAAACCAGCAGUAUUUCUACUUUGUCUGCCAACUCUAACGUACUUGACAAUGCUAAAGCAUUCCACUGAAUCUAUACUUGGUGGUCAGCUGUAUUGCUUUCAAGAGGAAAAUUCAAUUGAUAGUUGGGAAGGAGAUCCCCUCAUUUUGUUAAAUUGUUGAAAGAAAAAUCUUUAGAAAAUGCCACAAUGUCCAAAAUAUUUACUACAUAAAUGCAACCAGUUGCUAUAUUGUCAUGCUUGGGUGCCUGAGACAAUGUCAAGCUUUCGAGUUUAAUGACAAAGAGUAGAAAAACAGGGAACUGUGAGCUGAUCUUAUAAAGAAUCUUGUUUCUGAGAAAUUAUUCCUCACAGAUACUGCUGAUUUGAAAUGAUAUUGUUUUAAACACAGACUUACAAAACGCCAAAGAAAAAAGCAAUUUUUCUAUCUUGGUUGUCAAAGCAGGAAAAUAUUGCCACCUGCUGUCAUACAUAAGCAUUGCAUGUUUACUGCAAGUGCCACAUUGCGCUUUGACAAGAAAGCAUAUUACACAACAUCUGUGCCAGAUAAACAUAUCAUGCUGUGCCACAUUUCUAAUGCGUUUUAAUCUUGAAUGCGACUGACUGAAUAAAUAAUCAAUAUUAA